AAAUUAAAAAGAAAAGUUGGGGAGUAAAUAAUUCUCAUGAAUAAACAAGUCCUAAUUAGUCCAACGAUGACCAUUUCUUCAGCUACUGCAUUGGCACUCUCCUUCACCAACCGCUUCUCCCUCACCGGCUCCGCUUUCCUCCGCCGUCAAACCUCACCGUCUUCCGCCAUGAGCAUCGCCGGUGAACAAAACUACAGUUCGGAGGCUGCUCAUUUGGAUUCAAUCUUCAAGCAGAAAAAGGCCCUCCGUUCCGUUGUUAAAAGAGAUCUCAAAUCUAUGGAUCCCACUCUUAGAUCUCAACAAGAUGAAGCAAUACAAAAGAUUGUGUUGGGGGCUCCAUGGUUUAAGGCUUGCAAGGGAUUGUGUGCUUACAUUAGCUGUAGUGCUUUGCGAGAAGUAGAUACAACCCAAAUACUGUCUCAUAUUCUUGGAGGUCAUCCAGAGAUGCGAAAGAAGCUUUUUGUUCCAAGAGUGGAGGAUAGAAACAGAAACAUGAGAAUGCUUAACAUCUCAAGUACUGAGGAUUUGAUUGCGAAUUCAAUGGACAUUCUGGAACCAGCUCCAUUAGAUGCUGAUGGAAAUGAACGCGAGGAUGUCUUGUUCGCAAAUGAGCCAGUUGAUUUGUUACUUUUACCUGGACUUGCAUUUGACAAAGCUGGAAGACGGUUGGGCCGUGGUGGAGGUUACUACGACACGUUUUUAUCAAGAUAUCAAGAGCUUGCUGAGAAACGGAAUUGGAAGCAACCUCUCAAAAUUGCACUUUCUUACUCGGUUCAGAUAGUGGACGACGGUACUAUACCACUAACUCCAAAUGACAUUCUUGUGGACGCACUUGUAUCACCUUCCGGUGUGAUUCCUAUUAGUCCAGCUGCACUGGAGAUAUGCCGUUGAAGACAAUGCUCUUAUAUAAGUACACAAGCCUCAGGAACGUUACCAUUGCAGCAGCAUCAGAGAGAUUGGGAUGGCAUCUAGAGUCAUGAGCAAAGAUAAAGGCUUGUUCUGUUUUCUUGAGAAAUAGCAUCUGGAGAAAGAGGUUACUUUGGUGAAAGAAUAUGUCUUUGUAUGUUUGGUAGCAUGUGUGUCAAUUGAGUUGAACCCUUCAUUUGUUGCGAUAUCUUUAGAAUUGAAUUGUGGAUGGAAAAAUACUUACUCGCACCUGGCAUUUACGACAAAUCAUCAAUUUUUUUGAUAAAGGUUUAUGUGCAAGACACAUUGAUUCGUGUAUUCAUGGGGGGUGAGUUAUUUUCUUA